CAAAUCAAUCAAUUCCUCUCCGACACACUCAAAAUGAAUUCCAUAAAUUCCCUCCUCUCAAUCCCCUCCACCCAUUCCGCUCCCGUCCUCUUCCCUCCGAUCUCCCCUUCCGCCGACCGCCGCCGCCGCCGACGACCACCGGCCUUCACCGUAACUGCCUCGUCUCGACCAAAAGAACAAGCCGACAGCAACAGUUACUAUGCGGAUGGGAAACUAGUGGACGAGAGCAUGAUCGUGCUCCGGAAGCGGAUCCACGAGAUCAAGACCGCCGAGCAGACCCACGAUCCGCCCCGCGAUUGGUUCGACUGGGAGAAACGCUGCUAUUCCAACUACGAUUCCAACAUCUGCGAGGCCCUCGGCUACCUUCAAUCGCACUUAAUGAACACCAGACCCAGCGUCGCCUUGGGAAUGCUCGCGCUUCUUACUCUCAGCGUUCCGGUUUCCUCCGCCGUCCUUCUCCACCGCUUUAUCGAAAUCGCCGUUGGGCUUCUCGCCGGAAUCCGUCUCUGUUAACAAAUUCGAAACUGUACGACAUCGUUUCAAAGAUGUAGUUGGUCUUUGUACAGCUUAGAUCCCACCGUUCGUUUCGUUUUAUGUUAUUUUAUUUAAACGGUCAAGUUUUUAUUUAUUGCUAAAAUUAGUAAAAUAAAUACAAUUAAAUAAAAA